AUGGUUAGCCAGCUGCCGAGACGUCCUGUGAUUGUGUCGCCAGCUCCCACCCUGAAUUUUCCUGCCAACAUGGGCCAGAACUACUCCGUGAUGGGCUCUGGCCCGAUGAUUCCCACUUACUUCACGACGGACUUCACCGGCAGCAGCGGCGCGUGCCCGAAUCCAAACCUGCUCAUGCCGAAGGCACCCGACACGAGCCAGUACGUGAAGGCGCCCGACACGAGCCAGUACGUCGUGCAGGCGCCAUAUGUGCGGCCCCCUUACUCGCCGACCAAUCAGGCGUCGUAUGUGCGGCCCCCCUACUCACCGACGAAUCAGCCGGCUCAGGUUGCCUACUUGCAACAUCCGGGCACGAUGCCAGUUCCGGGCACGAGUUCUCCCAUGCGGUCUGUCUCUGCAGACCAAAUGCGGCUGACGCUUCCACUUUCCAGCCGCGUGACGGGGCCCGGCAUGCAAGUGCCUCCGGGGCCUCCUUCCCCUCCGCGCCAAAACCAUUCGCCAAUGUCAACGCAACUUCGUCCGCAGCUACUUGCUGGUGCGAAAGAGACGGCGGAGGCGGCGGCUGCACAUUGUGCCUUGUCCGAGGAGGUCAGGCUUUUCCUCGCGGACAUGGGCUUCGUGUACUACCAGGAGGCAUUCCGACGGGGCGGCUUCGAGGACAUGGACACCGUCAUGGCCAUGUCCCAGGAUGACAUGCGAGGCCUUGGCAUGCUGCCCGGUCAUGUCCUGAAGAUGGACAUGAAGCUUGACGAGCUGUGCAAGUCUCAGGGGAAGGUGCGGAGAGGGAAAGUCCGACUCCCGAUCGGCGGCAUGCCCUUCCCAUGGCCUAUGCAGAUGCAUACAGCUUCGCCCACAGCAGCUGCCAUCUCUCCAACAGCUGCCGCUGCCGCCUGCCUAGGCAUGUCUGGCAUGAUGAGCAGAUCUGCAGUUAUCUCCAACGCAGGUUCCGCGUCGCAGCCUAUUCUCGCUCCAUCACCAAAGGCCCUCGUGGCUCCCAAAGCUCAGCUGGCGCUGAGCCCCAUCGGCUCCCGAACGCCAAGCCCCGUGGACAAAGACAUCGCCAAGUUCAACUUAGGUGCUGGAUGGACAGAUGGCCGCGAGACUGGCGUGACCACCGUGGACGAAGAGUCUGAUUCUCGCAGCAUGUCGGAGGUGGAUGGUGAGGAGCGCACGUCCUCGGCGCCCCCGGGCUCUUCGGAGCCAAACCCAAGCAGCGGCAGCCCGACCUCCACCGCGACCUUCACGCCCCAUCCGAUGCGCGCUCACUCGUCCUUCAACACCAUCGGCACGCUCGGGAGCGGCAUGGUGGCGCUGCCACCGGGAUCAGCCUUUGGCAGCAACUGCACUGGGCUCUCAGUACGCACCAACUGCAGCUCCAGCGGGCGUUUCGGAGCCGGCACACGGAAGAUGAAGCGUGAUGAGCUGGAAGAAAUGAAUGCCAGGAAGCAGGCAAACAAGAAGGUGUUCGCCUGGCUUCAGCAGAACCGAUUUUCCAAUGUCAACCACGAGCGAUGGUUCCUCGGAAGGGGCUUCUAUCCACUUCACGCUGCUAUCCGGGAGAACAACGUCGAGAUGGUCAAGCUUCUCUUGGACUUAAAAGCUGACCCAGCAAAGAAGAAUUCUGGUGGCCAGACACCCCUGGAGUACGCGCAGAUAAAGCAGAGGACUAGCGUGAUCACCGACAUGCUUCAGGGGGACUGGUAA